UUGUGACAUUCCAUUUUCUGGAAAGGCACGCUACUACGACAAAGUUAAGCAUUUCAACCAGAAAAAUUGUGAUUUUUGAAGAUAUUUCCACCCAAAAGAGACGUUUUCCUAUAGUUUUAGGCGUUUUGAUAUUAAUUUUGUGAAGAAUAAUAACGUGUUCGUCGAGAUGCUCCUAAGAAAACUACAAGCGGCAUAGAGUUCAUUCAUUAUAAGUCAAGAAUCCCAACACUAACUACAUAUUAUCAACCUACAAAUAAAUAACCACAAUGUAUCUAUAUAACCUUACACUUCAAAAGGCAACAGCCAUCACACAUGCCAUUCACGGGAACUUCUCUGGUCAAAAAAGCCAAGAAAUCGUAAUCUCUAGAGGCAAAAGCAUAGAAUUGCUCAGACCAGACCCAAAUACUGGUAAAAUGCAUACUUUGCUAACCAUUGAAAUUUUCGGAGUUGUAAGAUCACUGAUGGCAUUCAGGUUGACAGGAGGUACAAAGGACUAUGUUGUAGUAGGUUCUGACAGUGGCAGAAUUGUAAUUUUGGAGUAUCAGGCACAAAAAAAUUUGUUUGAGAAAGUCCAUCAAGAAACAUUCGGAAAAAGUGGCUGCAGAAGAAUCGUUCCCGGUCAGUAUUUAGCCACAGAUCCUAGAGGAAGAGCCGUCAUGAUUGGUGCCAUAGAAAAACAGAAACUGGUAUACAUUCUUAAUAGGGACGAGCAAGCUCGUUUAACAAUUUCCUCGCCCCUCGAGGCUCAUAAAAGCAAUACCUUGGUGUAUCACAUUGUGGGUGUAGAUGUUGGAUAUGAGAACCCCCUAUUUGCUUGCCUCGAAAUUGAUUAUGAAGAGUCGGAUAUUGAUCCCACUGGGGAGGCAGCUCAAAAAACUCAACAGACUCUAACUUUUUAUGAAUUGGACGUUGGAGUCAACCAUGUCGUAAGGAAAUAUUCAGAACCUCUUGAAGAACACGCAAACUUCUUAGUAACUGUUCCCGGAGGAGACGAUGGACCUUCAGGAGUGCUAAUUUGUUCAGAAAACUACCUCACAUACAAAAACCUCGGCGACCAGCACGAUAUCCGUUGUCCCAUCCCGCGAAGAAGGAACGACCUUGAUGACCCCGAACGUGGAAUGAUAUUUAUCUGUUCAGCAACGCAUAAGACAAAAUCCAUGUUCUUUUUUCUGGCACAGACCGAGCAAGGAGAUAUUUUUAAAAUUACUCUUGAGGUGGACAAUGGCAUGGUUACAGAAAUUAAGCUUAAAUACUUCGAUACAGUUCCUCCAGCUACUUCCAUGUGCGUCCUAAAAACAGGUUUUCUAUUCGUCGCUUCAGAAUUUGGAAAUCAUUAUUUGUACCAGAUCGCUCAUCUUGGUGACGACGACGACGAGCUCGAAUUUAGUUCUGCUAUGCCUCUAGAAGAGGGAGACACAUUCUUCUUUGCACCCAGGCAUUUACGAAAUUUGGUACUUGUAGACGAAAUUGAAAGCUUAUCGCCCAUUUUAUCCUCGAGAGUGGCCGAUUUGGCAGGCGAAGACACUCCGCAAUUGUACAUGCUUUGCGGUAGAGGCCCUAGAUCUUCUUUAAGGGUACUAAGACACGGUCUCGAAGUUUCCGAGAUGGCCGUUUCCGGCUUACCGGGUAACCCGAUCGCUGUGUGGACUGUAAAAAAGCGAAGUGACGAUGAGUUCGACGCAUUCAUUAUUGUAUCGUUCGCCAAUGCAACCCUAGUACUUUCCAUUGGUGAAACUGUCGAGGAAGUUCACGACAGUGGUUUCCAAGGCAUCACGCCAACCUUGGCUUGUCAUGCCUUAGCGGAUGACGCUUUGGUUCAAGUAUAUCCGGAUGGAAUACGUCAUAUUUGUGCAGAUAAACGUGUUAAUGAAUGGAAAGAUGGCAAGAAAGCUAUUGUAAAAUGCGCUGUUAACCAGAGACAAGUUGUCAUUGCUUUGGCUGGAGGAGAGCUGGUUUAUUUUGAGAUGGAUCCCACCGGAAGUUUGCAUGAGUAUAAGGAGCGUAAGCGGAUGAAUUCUGACGUGCUUUGUAUGGCAUUGGGCAGUGUAGCUCCCGGUGAACAACGCUCUUGGUUCCUAGCAGUAGGUUUGGCCGAUAGUACCGUCAGAAUUAUAUCUCUGGAUCCUGCGGAUUGUCUUGCUCCGCGUGCCAUGCAACCUUUACCAAGUUGUGCAGAAUCCCUUUGCGUUGUGGAAAUGGGAGGAGGAAGAGAAGGGGAUGGGCCUAGCGAUCAAGCUGGAAGCACCCUCUACUUGUAUAUCGGUCUGCAGAACGGUGCGCUGCUCAGAACGGUCUUAGAUCCCGUAACUGGGGAUUUAACCGAUACCAGAACAAGGUACUUGGGUUCUAGACCCGUAAAACUAUUCAAAAUUCGUAUGCAGAACUCCGAAGCUGUCUUGGCAAUGAGCAGCAGAUCCUGGCUUAGCUAUUACUACCAGAGUCGUUUCUAUUUAACACCACUUUCUUAUGAAAGUUUAGAAUAUGCGUCUGGCUUUAGCUCUGAACAGUGCCCGGAGGGCAUAGUAGCGAUCUCCACAAAUAAACUAAGGAUCUUGGCGUUAGAAAAGCUGGGGGCAGUGUUUAACCAAAUUUCGUUCCCUCUUGAGUACACACCAAGAAAAAUUACUGUUCAUCCUGACACAAACAAUUUAAUUAUCCUCGAGACUGAACACAAUGCUUAUACGGACGAAACUAAAAAGCAAAGGCGGCUUCAAAUGGCAGAGGAAAUGAAAGAGGCAGCAGGAGAAGAGGAGCAGGAGCUCGCGAGAGAAAUGGCCGAAGCUUUUCUUAGCGAAGACCUGCCGGAGAAUAUUUUCUCUGCACCUAAAGCCGGACACGGUAUGUGGGCUUCACAGAUUAAAAUUAUGGAUCCAAUAUCUGGUACCCUGCAUAAUAUUAUAAAGCUAGAACAGAAUGAGGCUGCAAUGUCGCUUACCUUAGCCAAGUUUCAUGGACAACCCGAGCACCAGUGGUUCUUAGUUAUCGGUAUUGCCAAAGAUUUUCAACAGAACCCUAGAGUGUGCACGCAAGGAUUCUUGGACACCUAUAAAAUUGACAUGAUGUGUAGGGAGCUGGAGUUGGUGCAUAGGACGCCAGUAGAUGAGGUUCCUAUGGCAUUGUGCGCUUACAAUGGCAGAUUACUGGCUGGAGUGGGUCGAAUGCUAAGGCUUUAUGACAUGGGAAAGAAAAAAUUGUUAAGGAAAUGUGAGAAUAAACAUAUCCCCAACGGAAUUAUUAACAUUCAGGCCAUGGGUAAGAGGAUUUUUGUGGCGGACAUUCAGGAGAGUGUGUUUAUGGUGCGGUAUAAGAGGGCGGAAAAUCAGCUAAUUAUCUUUGCUGAUGAUACUCACCCCCGAUGGAUUACUACUACUUGUAUCCUCGAUUACGAUUCGGUGGCCACAGCAGAUAAAUUUGGUAACAUUGCAAUUAUGAGGCUGCCUCCCAAUGUUACAGAUGAUGUAGAGGAAGACCCGACAGGCAAUAAAGCAUUAUGGGAUCGUGGCCUGUUAAAUGGAGCUUCACAGAAAGCGAAUACCAUUGCGACCUUCCAUGUCGGAGAAAUGGUCACUUGGUUGCAAAAAUGUACCCUUAUACCUGGUGGUAGCGAGUCGUUGCUUUACACCACCCUCUCUGGAACUGUGGGUGUUUUGGUGCCGUUCACCUCGCACGACGAUCACGACUUCUUCCAACAUUUAGAGAUGCACAUGCGUAGCGAGAAUCCCCCUUUGUGCGGCAGGGAUCAUUUGUCCUUUAGGAGUUACUAUUUCCCAGUGAAGAACGUUAUUGACGGUGAUAUGUGCGAACAGUAUAACUCUUUGGAGCCGGCCAAGCAGAAAAGUAUUGCGGGCGAUCUGGAUAAAACUUCUGCUGAGGUCUCGAAGAAGUUGGAAGAUAUUAGGACGCGAUAUGCGUUUUAAGAUAUUCUAUUGGUUAUUUUUUUUUAAGAUGUUUUGCUAUUAAGAUUAAACUGUUCGAUGGAA